CUCAAGGCUCCUCUCACAAUCAAAGCACCCGUGAUCAAUUCCCCACAAUAUAUUCAGCAGCCCUCUGGACAUACCCAUACUUAUUGGUCCUUAGGACAGACGGCUCUAUCGCGAGGUUUAUACCUGCAGAAGAACUCCGAAUAACCAUACUACGCGAUCAUUUAGGCAUCUAUUUUUAGCAUCUGCUUACCCCCAAAAAGAAUGACGCGAUCUUAAUCUCUCCUUAUCACGAGAUUAGUCAGCCGAGUAGGCCAAAGAUCACGAUAAGGAAAUUUGAAGCAUAAACAACCUUCCCCCCCCCUCUCUCAAGUCAACUCCAGUGUAUCUCCUCUCCCUAGAUCUCAAUUGAACUAGCCUUCCAUCUACCACGAGCAGAGUCCUCACAAUGCCAACCUUCCCGCUGGUCGUGCUUCCCCGCCCCGGGACCACCACCCCCGAGCCACCAUCCUCCAUCCCCGCCCCCACCGAAGCAGCCUUCACCUCCACCUUCGGCCGCGUGCUCCCCCAAGCCUGCUACCUCCAGACCCCAGCGGGCCAAGCAGCCUACUACUCCAUCCCACCGACCGCCCCAACCUCACCCAGUGCCUCCUCGGCGGGGCCCGCGCGAAUCCUCUUCGUGCACGGCGUGCAAACCAGCGCGAUAGGCAUGGCGCCGCUCGCCCGCGCCCUCGCCGCGCGCUUCCCCGCCGCCCACUGCGUCCUCUUCGACCACUGGGGCCACGGCCUCUCCGCGACCCCGGUGCAGCCGCACGCGCCAUCCCUUUUCCACGACCUCAUCCUCGCCCUCCUGGACCACCUCAACUGGCCCUCCGCCCACUUCGUGGGUUACUCCUUCGGCGGCGCCACGACCGCCACCUUUGCGGCCGCGUUUCCCGACAGGGUAGAGAGUAUGGCCCUCGUCGCGCCGGCGGGGUUGCUCCGCGCGGCGCAGUUCACCGAGCAGCAGCGGGGGUAUCUGACGGGUGGCGAUGAGGCGGUGGAGCAGCGCGCCCGCGACUGGAUUCUGGGGUGGCUGGAGGGCGGGCCGUUGGUCGUGCCGGCGGAUUGGGAGGCGAGGGUGGCGCGGGGCGAGGUGGUGGCGCAGAAGGUGCGGGCGUGGCAGGUCGAGGAGCAUCCGGGGCAUGCGGCCAGCGUGGUGGGGAUCUUCCGCGAUGGGGGGGUCAUGGAUAUGCAUGCGGUGUUUCACGAGGCGGCGUCCACGGGGAUUCCGGCCCGGUGUGUGUUGGGCGAGUUGGAUGAUUUGUGUACCGUGCAGGAGUUGCGGGAGUUGGGCUUUAGGGAUGUGCAUGUUGUGCAGGGGGUGGGGCAUGGGGUUGUUCGGGAGAGGGUGCCGGAGGUGGCGGGGUUGAUUGCUGGGUUCUGGGAGAGGGGGUAG